AAUCAUACAUAUUUUUUUCUCCUCGUGUUUAACACCUUCAUAACAAAAAUAAAACAAAUAAAAAAGGAAAUACUAUUUUUCGGCUUUUAACAGUUGUAAUUUAAAAAUAUAAUUAAUAUGGAUUGUAUAUUAGAAACUAUAGGCUUUAUUGGUGGAGGAAAUAUGGCGAGAGCUUUAGCAACAUGUUUUAUAGAAAAAGGUAUUGUUGAUGCAAAAAAAAUAUGGGUAUCAAGUCGAACAGAAAAUACUUUACAAAAAUGGAUUCCAUUGGGUGUUAAUACCACUUUGGUGAAUGGAGAAGUAAUUAAAAAGUCAAAUGUUGUAUUUCUUACAAUAAAACCACAAGUAUUAGAUGCUGUGAUAGAGGAUGUUUGUCAAUUCUUAGAAAGCAAAACUUAUUUGGAUAAAGUUUUUGUAUCUGUUCUGGCUGGAAUUCCAAUAACCAGAUUAAAACUUAAACUUGAGGAAAUUACAAUUAAUCCACGAAUUGUAAGAGCUAUGCCUAAUACACCUGUUACUCUUGGUGAAGGAAUAAUAGUAUACUGUUUAGAUGGAACAAAUUCCUCUGAUGGGGUUUUGAUAGAAAAAUUAUUUUCAUGCACUGGAUUAACUGAAAUAGUUCCUGAAUCAUUAAUAAAUGCACUUAGUGCUUUAUGUGGAUCAGGUCCCGCUUUUGCAUAUCUCAUGAUUGAAGCUCUUUCCGAUGGAGCUGUAAAAAUGGGAGUUCCCCGUGGUUUAGCAACGAAAUUUUCAUCUCAAGUUUUAAUUGGUGCGGGAAAAAUGGUACAAAAAACGGAAAAACAUCCUGGACAAUUGAAAGAUGAAGUUUGCUCUCCCGGUGGCACUACAAUUUGUGGGAUGCAUGAACUUGAAAAUGGAUCUGUUAGAGCUUCAAUAAUAAAUGCAAUUGAAGCAACGGUGAAAAAAGCAGAUUCUUUAGCACCAAAAUAAUGAGGGGAAUUUUUUUUUCUUUAAAAAUAUUGUUUAUUUGUUAAAUUAUUUGCCCUUCGUUCUUAAUAUUAGAAAAUUUGAUGUCUGUUUUUCGAUUGUUAUUUCGAAUGUACUUCAGUUUUUUUACAGUUCAAAAACUUUAAAUGCAUAGUUAGUAUUAUAUGUUAGGAAAAAAAGAGAAAUUAUUUUUUAGAAUGAGUAUUCUUUUCUCAUUUAAAGUAUAGGUAAUUAUUAAUUUUUAAAUGUAUAAUUGCAAAUGCAUUUUUGUCACAAAAUGAAUAUAUAUUUUGUAACACUUGGAAAAAUAAAUAAUUUUUUUUUUUUU